ACCUUAUGCUGUAGUUUGGCUAUUAAGUCUUUCUAUGUACAAGCGCGUACUAUAGCUCGUUUCGGCAACCACAGGCCGAUUAGUGAUCAGUAGGUCCGGGGCAGAAAUGCCGGGGGCUCGGAGGUGGGUGUGGGGCCAGCCGAGGCAUCACGGGGCAUGUAACCGCAUCCAUAGUCAAGCUCCCUUUCACUCUUACUUCCCACUGCAACUCUCACUUCUACAUGGAGAUGGUCAAAGCUGCUUGAUGUAAAAGUUAGCACUCUUCAGUAAUCACAAUGGGUGGCCGGAUUGACUGUUAUCUUGACAUUGCUUCAUUUUACAGCUACAUUGCUUUCCUCGAGCUGCAACGGAACGCCGAGCUCCUCGCCUCUCACAAUGUAGAAGUCGAAUUCCACCCCGUUCUCAUAGGCGCUAUCAACAUCGGCUCAGGCAACCGUCCACCAUGGAUGCUCCCCGCCAAAGCAUCCUACCUCGCCUUUGACGCCCGUCGGGCCAUGGCCCGUUUUCCGGGUCUGCCAGUGCAAUUCCCAUCCAACCUGGAGCAACUGGCCAAGACGGUCAUUCCCCUGCGGUGCCUCCACUACAUAAAACGCACCCGCCCGGCUGAAACCUUCCUCUCAACGCUGCACUACCUCUUCCACCUCUUCUGGUCGCCGCCCAACACGGACUUGACCAAGCCCGAGAAUGUAGCAAAGGCAUUGGCGGAGGCGCCAGUCGGGUUUCGCGGGGUCCUCGGCGGCGCAGGUGGUAAUGGAGAAGCAGGCCGAAGUCGUAGUGACAACAAACAGUUCACGCCUGCGGAGGUAGAAGAAAUCAUGCGGGCUGCCGCGACGAGCGAGAUGAAGGAAGUGUUGAAGGCGACGACUCAGACGGCGCUGGACCGUGGAGCGUUCGGGAACCCUUGGUUGUGGGUUACCAAUGGCGAUGGGAAGAGCGAGGCGUUCUUUGGUAGUGACAGAUUCCACUUCAUUUACCAGUUUCUGGGCGUGCCGUACCAGGAUGUGACGCUUUUGCCGCCGGACAGGGCUAAGUCGAAGCUUUGAAGAGACUUGGGGCAAUCGUGGGAGCUUGGAGGCUGAGGAGCGCCUUUGGAUAUGAAAAUACCGGGUCAACUACCCAGCCCAAUUG